AUGUCGGUACUGCCUUCAAACUACACGGAGCGCCCCAUGACGGUGCUCGGCGGAGGCGUCCUGGGCCGACGCAUCGCCUGCAUCUGGGCCUCCGGCGGCUACAACGUCCGAGUCCGCGAGCCCGACGGCAACCAACACCAGCCCUGCCUCGACUACGUCAAGCAGAACGUCGACAGCUACCCGGCGUCCGGCACGAAACGCGCCGGCACCGUCCAAUGUUUCACCGAUCUCGAGAGCGCCGUCAAGGACGCAUGGCUCGUGAUCGAGGCCGUCCCGGAGCGUAUCGAGAUCAAGAUCGACACCUUCGCCGAGCUCGAGGCCAAGGCGCCGGCAGACGCCAUCCUGGCCAGCAAUUCUUCGUCAUACCGGUCGUCGGAGAUGCUUGAGAAGGUCACCGACGAGACUAAGAAACGCAUUAUGAACACGCAUUACUACAUGCCCCCGGCUAACAUGGUCGUCGAGCUGAUGACUGAUGGACACACGCACCCGGAAUACUUCCCUUUCAUGACCGAGAGACAGAAGGAGGUCGGCACGAAGCCGUUUACCGCGAGGAGGGAGUCUACCGGGUUCAUCUUUAACCGCCUAUGGGCUGCGAUCAAGCGCGAGACCCUGUCUAUCUUGGCCGAGGGUGUUUCCAGCCCCGAAGAGAUUGACGCCCUGUUCAUAGAGCUCGCCAAGCGCGGCAAGGGACCUUGCGAAAUGAUGGACGAGGUCGGUCUCGACACCGUCGCAUUCAUCGAGAAGCACUACGUCAAAGAGCGCGGCCUCUCCCCCUCAAACACCGUCGACUUCCUCGACCGCGAAUACCUCUCCAAGGGCAAACUCGGCCACAAGUCCGUCAAGGGCGGCCUCUACCCCCGCCUCCCCAAGAUUGUCGCCCUCGACCUCGGACUCGGCCGCUCCGAUAACCACAUGACCUCCGGCCAGGUCCUCCAGCUCACCCCCGAGGGCAAGCUCGAGCGCGUGCUGGUUGACCGCCAGCAAGUCCCCGACGGCAUCGACAUCGAAGAGGAGACGAAGCGCAUGUUCUGGACCUGCAUGGGCAACCCCGGCGAGCAGGACGGCGCGGUCUACUCCGCCAACCUGGACGGCAGCGACGUGCAGUCGCUUUUCGUCCCGGGGGUGAUCAACACGCCCAAGCAGCUUGUCGUGGAGCCCGAGAGCCGCAAGAUUUACUUCUGCGACCGCGAGGGUAUGAGGGUGUACCGGUCGAACCUGGACGGAAGCGAGCUGGAGACCCUCGUUGUCGGCGGAAACGACCCGGAGGACAUCAAGGCGUGGUGCGUGGGCAUCUCGGUCGCGCCGAAGCUCGGCAAGUUCUACUGGACGCAGAAGGGCGCGCCCAAGUCUGGCCAGGGACGGAUCUUCUGCGCCAACAUCCAAAUGCCCGAAGGCAAGACCGCCGAGACGAGAGACGAUAUCGUGUGCUUCUUGGACAAGCUUCCCGAGUGCAUCGACCUGGAGGUUGACGAGGAUGACCACACCAUCUUCUGGACUGACCGUGGCGAGAUCCCCAAGGGAAACACCUUGAACAGGGCCCGCAUCCACCCCAAGACUGGCUUGUUGGAGUCUUCUGGCCCUGAGAAGUUUGAGAUUUUGGUCAGGCAUCUCAAUGAGGCCAUUGGCGUGAAGCUCGACAAGGAUAACGGCCACGUCUACUUUGGCGACCUCGGCGGCAACAUCUACAAGAGCAACUUGGACGGAUCGGAAAAGAAAAAGCUUUUCUCGGACGAUGAUCGGGCCAUCUCAGGCAUUGCUUUGCUGCGCGAGUAG